AUGUUUCUGUUGGAGUACUCCCUGGCAGUGAAGCGUGGAGAGAUCGAGCAGCUAGAGAAAGUGGCAGCGGCGGAGGAGAGGAGGCUGACGCACGCCCAGCAGUUCCUAGAGGACGACGCCAUCAUAUUUGACCAAUUCCUUAAAGAGAACGACAAGAACUCUGUGGAGGCCAUCAAAGUUGCUGAGUUGGAGACCAAAGUGAAAAUGGAGAAGAUGUCUGAGAUCAAGAGGAUCACAACCAGGAUGGUGAGCAUUAAGAGUGACAUCUCUAAGUUUGAGGACAUCAUAAAGGAGUUCAAGAUGCACAAGGAGUUCCUCUUCAAGCUGUCCCCUCUAGAGUGGCAAGAGGCACAUAGGGCCAAGGCCAAGACGCUUAAACUCAAGUCUGCCACCAAGUCUGCCACCAAGGACAAGCCCAAAGAGAAAGACAAAGAUGAGAGGGCUACUCCGAAAAGACUGCUGAAUUCCUGUCUUUUCAGGAACCCUGUGGCAGAGCUGAAGACUGACAGCUCUGAAUAUGAGGAGGACCCGGAGCUGUACUUCAGGGACCCCAGGCAGCUGCUGGAGCUGCUGACAGAGCUGGAAGAGCAGAACCUCUCUCUGAUCCAGAACUCCAGGGAGACCGAAGACGCCCAGGAGGAGUUCCGACAGGUCAUGGACUACAACCGCAAGAAGAUGGAGGUGGAGACCAACCAGCUGACCCAGCAGAUAGACAUCAUGACCCACACCAUCCAGAGGGAGAGGGAACGAGCUGCCGAGCUCGAGCUGAGGGCCCGCCUCUUCAACUUUGGGAAGUACAAGUCGGACGACCAGGAGGGUAUGUUUGACUCCCUGGGCGUUAAGGUAGAGGAGGUGUACCGGGGCUGCGUGGGCGACAGCGAGGCGAACCUGAGCACGCUGCAGAUGCUGAAGGCCAUCGAGAGACGCCUGGACGAGCUGCUGGAGAACGUGGAGAUCGUCCCCAAGGAGCGGCUGGUGCUGGCCGAGAGGGCCAAGGAAAAGGAGAGGAGGUUCAGGCUGCGUGAUGAGAAGAUGCAUCAGGACAAGCAGCACCAGGAAGAGAGGCUGAAGAGGGCCCUGGAGAGAGCCCAGGCUGACGUCAAGAAAACAACUGGCAAGAAACUGAUGGCUAGAUCACAGCGCCCUGCCCGCAAGCUGAAGAGGAGUCAGGUGUAUGACAUCUCAGACAAGGAGAAAGAGGAGCAGCUCUACUUCUUCACGUAAAGGGCCAAGUCACAACACGGCCCCAUACGCCACAACUGACCGGAACUCCUUUCAUCUCUGUUUUGGCCUAUUGUGGGGCUGUGACUGAGUCACUGUAAAUACUGACUUUUUUAAAUAAUUGGGUAUGACGGGUAUAAGUAUGGCUUUUACAAUGACCCUAUUGGGCACUGGUAAUGUCACAUGAUGGGAUAGGUCCUACUUCUUUGGGACUAGGUGGAGUUUUUUUGAGGCGGUGGGGAGCCGUGGACUUUGUUUUGGUGGAGGGCUUUGAGGCAGAUGGACAGUGCUCUCCCCACACAUUUUAUAGAAUUGGAUUAUUUUAACAUAACAGAUAUAAAUGACAAUAUUUUGCCAUACCAUAUUAUUCUUACAUUUUUUUCUUACACAUCUUCAUCUAUGACCUUAUAUGUAAAUAGAAGUUAUAUGGACUGACUACUCUAGCCUCUUUGGGGAAUU